AGUACAUGAGUUCCCCUCUGUUUAAUUCUCGCGCACAGCGAGUGGUGCGCCUAAAAGUGGUCUCUCGGAGCUCGAGGCUCUGGGGUUAAACAUGCACUGCAGAGUUCGGGAUGGUGGGGAAUUGGAGGGGGGCAUUCCCAGUUGAUUUUGUUUUUUAAUUGCAGCAACAUUGUUGGAAUAAUUUUUCAGGAUCAGGUUACAAAAAUGGUUGCAGAGAGUUCAAACUCUUGAUUCUAAAUCGCAUGCUUUUUAUCGCAAGUUCUCUUCACCUUCCAGCUUUUUAUUCCACACCUCCCAAACGCGGGCUUUUCAUUCACGUGCUUCGUGUCUACGAAGUAGGUGUAGCGAUAAGGCAGUGUUGCAUGCGCGUGUCUGUUUAGGGGGGUGUGUGAGAGGUAAAAGAGGGUGUUUGACGCCCCCCUCGUUAUUCCCCUGGGGGGAGUUGAAGUGCAUGUGACAGUGAUGAGCAGAGAUAACAGCAACACCACCACCACCUCCACCAGCAGCAGGAUCAGGAGCCGUGCGAAGUUCGGCGCGAGAUCAGAUCGUGCAAUGUGCGCGCUCCUUCGCGUUUAACUCCUUGCCCAUUUUUAUCACCCUCUUCUUCAUCACCAUCAUCAUUCUUAGCGCAGCCCUCCUGCACGAGCAAGCAAGCCAGAAGAGGCGCCGCGCCGCGAGCAUGAACGGCUACGGCUCGCCCUACCUGUACGUGGGGGGUCCAGUGGCGCAGGCGCGCGCCCCUCUCCAGAGGACUCCCAAGUGCGCGCGCUGCCGCAACCACGGCGUGCUCUCGUGGCUCAAGGGCCACAAGCGCUACUGCCGCUUCAAGGACUGCACGUGCGACAAGUGCAUCCUGAUCAUCGAGCGGCAGCGCGUGAUGGCGGCGCAGGUGGCGCUGAGGCGGCAGCAGGCCAGCGAGAGUCUCGAGAGCCUGAUCCCGGAGGCGCUGAGGACCCCCGGAGCCGAGCUGCGCUGGAGCGGAGAGGGGCUCAGCUCGCAGCCCGGACCAGAACUGAACGAGGAUCUAUCUGGCGAGCAGUCCGGAGGAGAGAACAGUGGCAGCACCAGCGACCGAGAACAAGAACCUGCCAGUUCCCCCGAGGAACCCAAAUCCAACUCCUGCUACACACCCAGCACCCCAGAACCCCCUCCUCAUCCCGAGGAGUCUCGGUAUGGUGCGCCCAAACCUUGCACUGAUCCCGAACCCAAACCAGACAGCCCCAAGUACUCAAGUGAGCCUAACCUCCUGAUCGAGGGUCUUUCAGGCUCCGUCUCCCUACCAUUCAACCUGAGAGCCAACCGUCCUCCACUUGAGGUGCUGAAGAAGAUUUUUCCUGGCCACAAGCCGGCCGUGCUGGAGCUGAUACUGAGGGGCUGUGGGGGUGACCUGGUCGGUGCCAUCGAGAUACUAUUGUCCAGCCGUUCCUCAGCAAAAGCAGACAAGCCCUCUCCUGACAGUUCUGAAACUCUUGUGUUGCCCUCCAAUGGGCAUCUCUUCGAGCACCCUUUGAGCUCAUACCCAGUCUCUUCCACCAAGUGGUCGGUGGGCUCGGCCUUUCGUGUGCCAGACUCUCUGCGCUUUUCUCCAGAGUCAACUAGUGCUGGAAUGGUGCCUGGUCCCUUAGGUGUCCCACUGCAGCAUGGCUUCCCCCAGCCACCCCGUUACCCACUGAUGCUGCGUAACUCGCUAAGCCGUGGCCAGGCCGGGGGACCCUUUGUGCACGGUGAUGUGACUCUGUGGAAUACCAUGACCCUGCAGCAGCAGUACCAGCUCCGCUCACAGUAUGUCUCACCCUUCUCUGGCCCCUCACCCGGGGCGUUCCGCAGCUCACCCCUCCUGACCUCCAGGGCAGCACAAGAGGAGCCAAGGCUCGGCGUUCAGGAAGAAGGCUGUCCUGUCGCAUCCAAACAGACGAUAUACUCACCCGACGAGGAAUACGAUGAAAGAUCUGACUCCUCGGACUCAAGGAUCCUCAACACAUCCUCCUAACCUCUGGCUGCAGAAGUGGGGAAGCAAGCCGAGAACCAAAAUGUGUUAGUAAUGGAACUACACUGACAAAUCACACAAUGAGAAAUAUGGCAGAUCUUGCCCAUGUAGGAGCUUUAGGAGAAGAUCUAAACUGUACUUGAGGUAUUGUGCCACUCUCUAAACUAAGGUGUUUGUGCAGUGCAAUGUCUGAAUGUGAUGAUGCAGCAGUAUCUCAUCAACAACAAACACUUAAAUAUCACAAGUAUGAUCUGACCAAAAAAAGUAGGAAUGACUGAACAUUAGCUGAAUAAUAAUAAUAAUAAUAAUAAUAAUAAUCACUAACUCCACCUUGCAUGAAAUGUACUGUAAAUAGCAAUGCAAUGUAGAGAUAACCAAACAAUAAAGCAUGUAAAUGUAUAUGCCAAAUAAACCCAGUUGGAAAUGUCGUUGUCAUUUAUUUACGUGAAAAUUUAUGUUGACAAGAUGUGAAUGUGAAACUGAAGAAACUCUUGUUUCAUUGCAAUAAAAAAAUAACUGUAGCUCUGUUUCUGAGCACUUCAGCAUUUCAGCAGAUGACUGGAAUUCUGGGAUUAGUGAUUAAUUAAAACUAUAUACCUGUAUAAUAAUAUAAUAAACAUUUUUUACAAUGGCAGCUGAAUAUAGUCCCUAUUGAGAAUGCACUACCUGAAUUUCAAGUAGUUGUCAGUCAUCUGUUGAACUGGCUGAGACAAAAUGGAUAUGACCUGUGACACAAAUUUAAUUGGCUGUGAAGUAAAUGCAGAAGCUGUAUAAAAUUAUAUAUCCCAUAAUAAAACAGGAUUAUGAACAUGUA